UCCAAUAGUCGCCCAAUCUGACAGUUGCAGUAAACUCCAUCAUGGCUUUGAGAACCUCACUUUGGUUAAAAUAUUACCUAUAAAAUUCAUUUUAAUAAGAAACCAGAGCAUAAGUAUAAAUACGAAAUCAUAAAAUUAGUUAAGCAAGAAAAGUUUUCUGAAAUUUGUUUGAAAAAUGUGUUCGUAUUCAGCAAAAAAAUACUCAAUCACAGCAGUGCAGUUGAGUCUUGAAUAAUUUCACAAGUGUGUGUGUGUUUCUUUGUAUUUUCCGCCCAUUCACUUGACUGGUUUGUUGUUGUUGAAUGCAUUUGCUCAACUACAAGUGCGCGGAUUUCUGUGUAGGGCGAUUUGUGGAGUGCUAAGUACCAAACAACGGAAACAGCAAUAACUCCAAACACAACGAAUGAGUUGCGUACAAGUGUAUAUGCUACAGAAAAAAGUAUACUGCCGAAGAUUCGUAAAAAUAUGGAAAACAUUUUGCUAACAAAAAAAAAAGGUUUCAUAUUGGAAACUAAAUAAUAAAUAAAUUAUAAAACAGCUAUUAAACAUGGACGAACAUACGCUUAAUGAUUUGCUCGAGUGUUCCGUGUGCCUGGAGCGCUUGGAUACUUCAUCGAAGGUGUUACCUUGUCAACAUACCUUUUGUCGAAAAUGUUUGGAGGUGAUCGUGUCCAGUCGACAAGAGCUGCGUUGUCCAGAGUGUCGAGUUUUGGUUGAGAUAAAAAUAGAUGAUUUACCACCUAACGUGCUCUUAAUGCGAAUACUAGAAGGCAUGAAAAAUGCUGCAGUUGCUAAGUCUCAGCAACAGCAGAAGAUGAAUGCCUCUAAAUCAAGCCCAGAUGCUCGGCAUCCCAGUGAUUGUCAUCAGCAACAGAAAAUGCACAAUCAGUUGCAACAACUGCAGCUAACCCAACAAAGACAGUAUCAAUAUCCCCAGCCACAACAGCCUCAGACACAAGUAAUCUCUAUCAGUCAUAACACAAAUAGCAGUGCCCAACAGGUCGCUCAGCAGCAUUUUACACAACAACGACGCUGCGUGUUGCCUCACGCGUAUGCACUUUAUGAUUUUGAGUCAUCUGAACCCUCAGACUUGCAUUUUAAAAAGGGUGAUUUGGUGUUGUUGAAGCGAAAAAUUGACACAAACUGGUAUGUGGGACAACUAAACAAUGGCAACGGCAUUGUGUCUGAAGGUACUUUUCCCAUCAACCACGUCCAAGUUGUUGUACCGUUGCCAUCGCCGCAAUGCGUUGCACUGUACGAUUUUAAAAUGCCACCGAAUGAGGAGCAAGGCUGUCUUACCUUUAAAAAAGGUACCAUAAUACACGUGAUACGACGAGUUGACCACAAUUGGGCAGAAGGUUGCAUUGGGAGUACAAUCGGAAUUUUUCCAAUUGCCUUUGUUGAGCUUAAUGCGCUGGCUAAGCAAGUGCUUGAUGCGACUUAUGUAGUUGCAAAUACGCCAACUACACCGUCAUUAGCACCACCAACUGCUGAUACAUCUACAGUAACUGCAGUAACCUAUACGGCACCACCAACGACAAUAGCGCAGAAACCAACGCCGAACCAAGUAAGAAAUCCGCCGCCUAUGCCUCUACCUGAUGCGAGCAACAGUGGUUCUACAACCUCAUCCUCGUCGCCAUCGAACUCCUCAUCAAAUGCAACUAGUCCGCAUUCGGUCAGCACAACAACAAUAACGACAUCAACAAAUGGACGUAUAGUUAGCUGUGGUGGGGGUAGUUCAACAUCUAUGCCCAACAGCCCGAAUCAAUCGUUGCCAGCAUCACCGCAACAUGAAAUUUCAAGUAGCAAUAUCAGCAGUGGUUCGAGUUCGGUGCGCUUUCGAGACAAACGUGAAAAACGUCAUUCACUUAAUGCUUUGCUAACAACCGGCACAUUGCAUUCGGGAUUAAGUGCAGGUACCACGCUUAGCAUACUGCAAUCCAAUCGCCAUUCAGCAGAAAUUUUAAGCGUGCCAACUGAUGCAUCCACUUCUUUGAAUGUUGGAAGUCAGCAGACAAGUGGUAGUAGUAUUAGUGUACAGGAAGGUGCCAGCGCAAUGAAUGUUGCAAUGCCGCAGAGCACUUUCGCACGGGAACAGCAACAACACAUCCAUCAACAGCAAGCUCAAACACAGCAACAGCAAUCGCAACAGCCACAACAACGCGUGAACGUGUUGAAGACAAGCGUCGUUCAGCAACAUUUGCCACCAACUUUGCCAUGGGGAUAUCUCGCCCUAUAUCCGUACAAACCCCGUAAAAGCGAUGAACUGGAAUUGAAAAAAGGUUGCGUUUACAUUGUGAUCGAACGCUGUCUGGAUGGCUGGUUUAAAGGUAAAAACUGGCAAGACAUCACCGGAGUUUUUCCUGGAAAUUAUGUUACGCCAUUGCGAAGUCGCGAUCAGCAACAAUUGAUGCAUCAGUGGAAGUAUGUGCCACUUCAAAACACACCUUUUUCCACUCAGGGAUCCGCAACAGCCGGUCCAAAUACUUCCAUUGGUGUUCAGUCACAAUCUACAGUGGCCACAACUGGUCUGAGAAUACAAAGUCUGCCGCAACCACCUGAUUUACCACCUCGACAGGUGAGUGGUACAUUGCCAAUUUCAUCGGUCUGGACAAAACCUCUUGGCCACACAGUGGAGGCAUUUUUCAAUCGAUACGGCAAGACUCAUGAUAAUUCAAAAGAUCAAAGCAGUAAAGAAAGAGAUACCCCCAGUAGGCAGAAGGAAAAUACAGCGAGUGUAUCUUCAACUGUAGCCCCAACAACAGCUUCUCCCUCAACCACCUCCAGUGCGGUGCAGCUAAUGAAACGCUUAGCCCAUAUUAAAUCGCGUUCCAAAUCACCAAGCAGUGCAAUAGCACGGCAGCAGCAGAAAAGUCCACAGUCACAAUUGGCUCAGGACAAAUCGGUGUUAGACGACCCCAUUCAAAACGGCAAUAAACACGCUGGGGGCAACCACAUGCAAAAAAACAAUUUGCAUAAUAAUUCUGCGGGUACACAUGGGCAAUUACAUCCGAUACAUGUGCGUUCUGGCUCCUGUCCUAGUCAAUUGUUGCAAAGUCUACCGCAUGAUAUAGCAGUGAGCGCUUCAACAGCGGCAAGCUCAGCAGCAAUGACUCAAAUCCAAGAAAAUGUACACAUCACACCGCAACAUUUACCGCCACAACAAAAGCAUCAGCAGCAGCACAUGCAGCAAAUUUCACCACAAGCUGUGGGUUAUGGAUCACAGCAGUUGAGGGGACACAAAGAGCGUCCGCACUUACAGAACGCACGACAAUCUGUUGACGCUGCCACUUUGCGCAGUAUUUAUAACUCGACACUUACACAACAACAGCAGCAACAACAACAACAAUCAACAAAUACAGCAAAAGGUGCGGGCGAUCAGCAGCAUCCACUUAUUUCAACAAAUGCUAUAAUUUCAAAUCAUCGCAAGUCGCACAGUUUGGAUGCAGCUGCCGCCUUGUCUGGCACAAGCUCCGAUUGUGAAACUUUUAAAGGAAGCAAUGUUGGUUUAGCUGUACUUGCAGCACCUUGUAAUAUAACAGCAGCCGCUGUUGCAGCAAGCGCUACCACCAAAUCCACACAGUGCUCACGCGAAAGCCGCUUUCGUUGCGUUGUUCCAUACCCACCAAAUAGUGAAAUUGAGUUGGAAUUGCAAGUUGGCGAUAUUAUUUAUGUGCAACGUCGUCAAAAAAAUGGCUGGUAUAAGGGUACGCAUGCUCGUACCAAUAAAACAGGCCUAUUUCCAGCAUCGUUUGUCGAACCAGAUAUAUAAAUGCGAAAUUAAAAAUAUUUGCACAGUAAUACUUUCGAUUAAGUAAAGCUUACUUGAAAUGUUAGUUGAAGUGAAACUGCUUUCCUGCAGAAAUGUUUCAGUGAAAAAUGUUUGAAACGUUUUUUUUUCGUUUUAAUUCUUAAUACGUAAAUAUAAAUCAAAUCUAGCUUCCCAAUAUUACUUUAGGUACAUUAGAAAAUUAAUGUUCAGUUUGUAAAAGUUUGAAUAGAGAAAGAAUUACAUGUUAUGUAAAUAACAAAAAGAAGUUAUGAAAAUUCGUAGAUUGCGCUUCGAUUUUUCUUUUUUUUUUAUAAAUAUUUUACCUUCAAUCGAAGUUAAAUAUUUCACUGAUUUACUUAAGCUCAAUUGCUGCAACUUGUAUUUCCUUUUCUACCCAGUUAUACUUACUUUCUAAGAAUUAUCUUAAGAAAUUUUAAAUUUUUCGGUACGCCUUUAUGUAAUUUAAGAGUGCUGCCAAAUGAUUGAUUAGUCGCUGGUCGAUAUUUACUUAAAUUUUCUUAACUUUUACGUUUCGUUAAAAACGCCAAUAUUGCAAUAAGCUUUUAAAAAGUUCUUUAAUUGUAGUCUAUGGUCUAUUUUUUUUUUGUUUGAUCACUAGACGCGUUAACUUUAAUAAUUGUUUUCAACUUUCUUUUGGCAAAGGACAUUUAAGACACUUAAGUGCCGUUGACGAAUUUUCAUUGAUAAACAAAAAAUUUCAUUAGAUAGUAAAAUUGACUGAAGUGUGUUAAGAGUAAUUAAAAGUGUUUUGGCGCUUUGUCGAAUAUUUGAGAUAAAUAUGCCUUUAAUUAAGUAGUUGAAAAAAAUUAAAUACUGUUUAGAUGAAUAAUGAAUAUAAUGAUAUAGAAAAUAAGUUUAACUUAAAACGAUUUUUAAUAUAGUUAACGCAAAUGAGCUCCCAAAUAAGGUUAUGUAUAGAAUAAAUAGUUGUAUAGGUUAUGUUCGGUUACUUUGCUUUAUUACAAUACAUUAAAUUCGCACAAUUCUUACUAUCGAUUUCUCGCAUUCCUCGCAAAAAUUUUGCGCACACUACAUAUUCAUAUAUAAAUACGUUCAAAUAAUAACACUGUAACAUAAUUUCGGUGUUUUCUGUUUCUGGGAAACCAAGUUUUCCCAACAGUUUGAGACAUUCUUAACUAAAAACACCGUUCCAACAAUUUUCUUGUUUGCACGUCGAUCGGUUUUGAUAGAAAUAAAUUGUAGAUUCAGAUUUUGGUAGUAAAAAUAUUUGUAUUUAAAUUAAAUACACUUUUUUUAAUUCUACUCAGCUACUUCAAAUUGGAGAAACUGAGAAAUUACGUUUUGAUAUACAAUCCAAACUUUCGAGAAAACUUGGUUUAGCCAAUUCCCGCGCCGUUUGCCCAACAUUGUAAUUCAUAUUAAAAUUAUGUGCAAAUCCGUAUUUGGUCAAGCAAUAAAAAUACUCUAUGUAAAUA